CAGAAAACAACUAAAUAUGGUGCCAUCUGGAAGAAAGCAUACAGGGAAAUCUGGGAAGACAUCAGUGGAGGAUCAGGUCGUAAGAGCCUAUGACUUUGAAAAAGAAGAUAAAAAGGAUCUGAGUGGUUCAGAGGAGGAUGUCACUGAAGGGAAGAUUCCAGUAAUUGAUAAGCACGGGAAGAAAAGGACUUCUGCAGGAAUAUUUGAAGAUAUGGGGGGUGAAGUACAAAAUAUGCUGGAAAGAUUUGGAGCUGACAUUAACAAGGCUCUCCUUGCCAAGAGAAAAAGACUAGAAAUGUAUACCAAGGCUUCUCUCAAGACUAGUAACCAGAAAAUUGAACAUGUUUGGAAAACCCAACAAGAACAAAGGCAGAAGCUUAAUCAAGAGUAUUCUCAGCAAUUUCUGGCUUUGUUUCAUCAGUGGGAUAUAGAUGUGCAGAAAGCUGAGGAACAAGAAGAAAAACUAGCUAACCUGUUUCGACAGCAACAAAAGGCUUUUCAACAAUCUAGAAUUGUUCAGAACCAGAGACUGAAAACAAUUAGACAGUUAUAUGAGCAGUUCAUAAAGCAGCAGCAAGAGAUGGCAAGUGUUCGAAAGUCUCUUCAAUCCAUGUUAUUCUGAUGACUCUUUGAAGGAAGAACUUGAACC